UCGGAGAGUUCUUUUCACUCCGGAAUUAAAGAUUAUUAACAAUUUCCCCACGGAACUAAAUCCGCAGCGGACGGAUAUGCUUCCUCUUUCUGUUUGAUGGGAAAAGGUGAAUUGAUGCCGCCAACUACACAUAUUUGUACUUAAAAACAUACUUCAAAAAAGUCUAAAUUUAUUAACCCAAACCUGAUUCUUAUAAGAACUUUAGUUUAAUCUGCGUUCAUGUAAAGUUUUUAAGAGUUAGCUAAAUACUAGCCAAAAUGCUACGGCAACACUGCUGGGACAAUCGCCCGCCGCUGACAAUGACGUCACAUCCGACAACAGUGGUCUUAGAAGAAGCGGCAAGAGUACAAAAGCCCAACUUAAUGGCAGAUUUGUCAACUGCCAACAUGAGCCAAACUAUCGCCCGUGUAACAUCUUGAAUAGCCAUGACGCAGUCGAUUGUUGUCCAGGUUGGACAAUGCGGAAAUCAGAUUGGUUGUCGGUUUUGGGAUCUUGCUUUGAAAGAGCAUGCCCACUUUAACAAAAGCGGCUUGUACGACGACACCAUUGGAACGUUUUUCCAUAAUGUGGACUCAAGGAAUGGAGUACACGUAGCCGGUGGUGAAAGAAUCCAACUGCUGAAAGCACGGGCAGUGCUGGUGGACAUGGAGGAGGGUGUGGUCAGCGAGAUUCUGCAGGGUCCUUUGAGAGACGUCUUCGACAGCACUCAGCUCCUCACGGACGUAUCGGGUGCAGGCAACAACUGGGCAGUUGGACAUUUGACGUACGGGUCAACCUACAGGGACGAAAUACUGGACAAGCUGCGAAAGGCUGCAGAACUAUGUGACUGUCUGCAGUCCUUCUUUCUUCUCCACUCCAUGGGAGGAGGUACAGGUUCCGGACUAGGAACCAAAGUGCUCAGCCUCCUCAAGGAUGAAUUCCCUGAGGUGUGUAGAAUUGUCACCCCCGUGUAUCCGUCCUCGGAGGAUGAUGUCAUCAUCUCCCCCUACAACAGCAUCCUGGCCAUGAGGGAACUCACGGAGAAUGCUGACUGUGUCCUGCCUGUUGAAAAUCAGGCAUUGGUUGAGAUAUUGAACAAGAUCAAACAGACAUCCCAUCGUGGACAGUCAGGUGCCAUCAGGAAAGACGGCAUCGAGCGGCCGUUUGAUGCCAUGAAUAACAUUGUGGCGAAAAUGUUGCUCAACAUGACCAGCUCAGCGCGUUUUGAGGGCACCCUAAACAUGGACGUGAACGAAAUCACCAUGAACAUGGUUCCUUUCCCUCGAUUACACUACCUGGUGCCAAGCCUCAGUCCUCUUCACUCGUUGGCAGAUGUUCAUGCACCAACCAGAAGCCUGGAUCAAAUGUUUGCCGAUGCGUUCAGUAAAGGCCACCAGUUAAUGAAAGCCGACCCCAAGCAAGGUCUCUACCUGGCCUGUGCCCUCAUGCUCAGGGGGAACGUUCAAGUCUCUGACCUGCGCAGGAACAUCGAGAGGUACAAGCCUUUGUUCCCGUUCGUGUCGUGGAACCAAGAAGGGUGGAAGACGAGUCUGUGUUCUGUGCCCCCCGUUGGUCACGCUCGAUCCUUGCUAGCCUUGGCCAACACCACCGGACUCAAGUCCACAUUUGUGGAGCUGAGGGAACGCUUCACCAGGCUUUACAAGAAGAAGGCACACUUACAUCAUUACCUGCAAGUAGAUGGCAUGGAGCUGGCUUUAUUAGCAGAGGCCGUCACCUCCCUGGACUCUCUGAUUGACGAGUAUCGUCAUCUGGAUACGGGGAACUUGAUAUCGGAUAUACCGAGAGUCAACAUUGCUAAAUGAACGCUGUUCCUAUCGCUUUCGUGGCGUGUGUAGAAUAAAUACGCCAUUGACGUUAAAGUGAAAGCGAUAGGGAACCAGGAAGUAAAAAGUAUACCGACAGUCAAUAGAAAAGUUGAGGUAGAAAUGUAUGCAUAUUUCCAUAUUUCUGUGGAUUUAUUGUUCAGAUAGAGUUGUCAUGUUGUCACGGUUCACAUAGUUUGGUCUCAAACAAACAAGCAAAAGUGGACCAAAUACAUUUUGCACCAUACUGAGGAGGUGUUUACGUUUGGAGGCCUAUAUAAAAGGCCCAAAAAAAAGGCCAGCAUUGUUAGUGCAGUGAACGACGUCUCCUGUUUUAGUGCAGUGAACGACGUCUCCUGGUACUGGGUAAAGUAGAGGCCGGUUUGAGCUACAGUGAUUAUAGCCGCAUGAACGCCACAACACGACAAUAGACCACGCCCACGACAAGAUAGAGUGACAAACUCCCGACCGGGAUCGCUGCAUCCACUUGCAACUCCUGUGGAACCGGUUUUCGCCGUGCCAGUCGUAGAGCAACGAAAACACCCGGAUCAGCAGCCCCACUGCGCGUCAACCCGGCUUUAGUUUAGGUGCCGGGGGUCGGCAACCUUUACUAUCAAAGGAAAAUAGACCGAUAAUAACAAUAAUUUAAAAACCAUAUCUUUCUUGAUUUUACCAGUUUUAACAGCAGAAUAUAACAAACUGUUGUUUCUCGCCACAUUUGAAGCAUAAAAGCUUCCGCUUCCUGUCCAUUCCUCAAACUCAUCCAAUCGCUAGUCAGAACUCUGCCAGGAUUCAUUCAGGGUCUCACAGAGAGUCUGAUUUUUUUUUAUUUUUUAGAAACUCAUUACAAAAAGAUACUUAAGCAUUGCUAAAGGAGCCGCAACAAAGAAGCUGAAGAGCCACAUGCGGCUCUGGAGCCGUGGGUUGCCAACCCCUGGUUUGGUUUAGGGCUUCAAAAUAAAACUGAUAUUGAAAAAUCAAAGUUUCUAUUGACUGUCAGUGUACUAAAAGUAUAACAGUACUUCUCAAAUAACGGCAGGGAGUACUUUCAAUGUUAGUGCAGACCUGCCAACAUGUACUGAGCAUGCCAUUUGACUCCAGAACAGGGGUCUCAAACACGCGGCCCGCGGGCCAAAUGUGGCCCGCAGGACACUAGUUUGAGGCCCCCCGCCUUGAUAUGAAAGUUUAAUGUUAGUUUGAUAUGGAUGCUGUAUGGUAUCAUGUACCCAGAAAAAAUUAUUACGUUUGAUUCAUGUUCAUGUUAAAGGUUAAAUAACUGUUAAUAGUUAUCCUCCCUAUCCGUGUGGAAGUGGUAAGUUUUUGGCUAUUUAAGUUUAGAGGAAAUAACUUGAAGGCUACCGUUUAGGUCGCUAGCUCUCUCGUUUGCGAGUUAGCAUGUGUCUCAAGACCCUGCAGUUGCGCAAUAUGUUGUAAAUAAAAAGAGUAUAAAUGUGACGAUAGUCGUGUUUUGUCAUGUCUACAGGGCUCUAAUAAUGCUUUGUUCAUUUUAAUCUGAAAAAAAUCAUUUGUCUACCCACCAACUAUAUGUGCUUUCUUAAGUUUUUAUUAUUUGCUGUUUUAUUAUAUUAUAUUUAUUUAUUACUGAUUGAUUGAUUUGUUUAUUUAUUUUUCAUCUUAUUUUGUGCAGAAAAAUAAAAAGGAAGAUAUUUGAGAACAGUGCAAUGUUUUAUCAGAGCUUUUAUUGUAGAAAAUCGGAACCAAAGCACUGAAAAAGUUUGUAUAUUUUUCUGUUUUUAAUAAAACAAUAAUAAAUAAUUGUCUGUACUGUAGCAAUAAUUCCACUGUGGAAUAAGAAUGUUUAAAAUAAAUCCUUUAAAGGCCCAAAUUAUGAUUAUUAUUAAUAUUGUGACCAAAACUGCAAAACCUGAAGACCGGGUCUGUGCUUUGGGUCUGUUUUUCCUCGUAGGAAUCAUAUCAAACGCAAGUCUGAAAACAUGUCACCCGAGUAACCACACGUCUUCUGACAAACACAGGAAGUUAUCCACUGCAUCUUCCACUCUGUCGUCGCGCCUCCUGGGCAUCGGAAGUUGACCUUGAUCAUUCGUGACUUGUUGGGGGAACAGCAGCGCUUAUCCAUACAGGUGCCGCAGUACAUGGGCUUGAACCUCUUGGUACUUGAACAACCCGAGAGUAUCAACUUUUCCCCUUUUUUUGCCUGGAAUUGACGUUGGCAUGUUUUUCCUUUCGGCACCUGCGUGUGACAAUCCACAGUCAUUUUAUUUCCAUCCACAGAAUUCCCAUUCUUUGGAUGGUUUGUGUAACCACCUUAAUGUUGUUCAUCACGUUCUUCUUACAUGGGCGCAGCAAACACAGACGCGUGUCUUUUGUCAUCUCACAUUUGCCGUUAUCGUUGCUGACGCGCACGGAAACUCCCAGGCCGCAGGACUUGGAACAGGGGCUCCAGGUGGUCGUUUGGAUCAGACAGUUCUUUUUCCAGGCCAAGUGAGGAUCCCUGUAAGCUUCAGUGGUAAUUACACGGGAUGGUGUCAAUAGCAACCUUGGUGGGGGGGUCCUGUAAUACUUAUAUAUAUAUAUGGAUAUGCUAAUGUUAAGUGAUUAACCCUUCAAAAUGAAUACCAUCACGUAACGUGGGCGGCACGGUGGGCGAGUGGUUAGCGCGCAGACCUCACAGCUAGAAGACCAGGGUUCGAUUCCACCCUCGGCCAUCUCUGUGGAGUUUGCAUGUUCUUUUCUCCGGGUACUCCGGUUUCCUCCCACAUUCUAUAUAAUGGGACUCAUGACGGGCUUGUCAACCCAUCGGAAAGAACACUAAACUCAUCACGCAGCCACUUAACACAUAUACAAGACAAGUACUGAUAGUAUAAGGUAAACAUAAACAAAAAAAAAUCUACUUCAACUCCUCCAUAAUGCAUUAUUUCCAGCUCUAUUUUAGUUGUCAUUAAACUAACAAAGUAGUUUGCAUGUUCUACCUGUGCGUUUUUGGGUUCUCUCCGGGUUUCCUCCCACAUUCCAAAAACAUGCUAGGUUAAUUAGCCACUCCAAAUUGUCCAUAGGUAUGAAUGAGAGUGUGAAUGGUUGUUUGUCUAUAUGUGCCCUGUGAUUGGCUGGCCACCAGUCCAGGGUGUACCCCGCCUCUCGCCCAAAGACAGCUGGGAUAGGCUCCAGCGGUAUAAAAUGAAUGAAUGAAUGAAUAAUGUGUAAGGUGUGGUUACCUGACAUGUACAUUGUAUCCUGCGCAUGUUUUUUGGAACUCUUGCUCCCCGGCAGGUUUCCCAUGAGCGGAGCGGGUCCCAAAAGACCUGCAGGCUUCUGAAAGAACGCCGGAGUACACCCGAUGACGCCUGCGAUGCACGUGCACUUGUAAAGGGGACUAGGCCGGAAAGCUUCCCCGUUCUCGUAGUGGGCUCCGUUAAGGUCA